CACCGUCCUCACGGACAGCGUGGAUGUGUGCUGUCACUCCGUGCUUGCUUGCGGUGAACACCAAUGUCCCUUAAACAUCCGGGUGGCUACUACAGAACUGCUGCGUUUUGCGUAGAAUUUCAUUUGUAUUAAUUGUAUAUGUAUGUCCACACUGUUCCUCAGGUAGCGUGUGAGAAGAGGGACGGAAGGUGUGUCGGUACGUUACACAGGCAUUAGCGUAGGCGACUAUAGCUGUGCGGCGCGGCCACGCCCCCUGCCGGGAUUGGCUCUCCGGGCGGAAGGCCCGCGCAGCCCCCGCGCUGCCCGCCCCACCAGUGAGGGCGCCCCGGAGUGAUGGACGUGCCGCCGGCCGCCAAUGGCAGCGAGCGCGGGCUGGGCUCGGCGGCGGCGGCCGUAUAAGAGGAGGCCGCGCAGCCCCGCGCCUUAGUGCGAGCUUCAGCAGCGCGCAGGGACGGACAGCAGCGACAACAUCGCUCCGGCUGCCCGCACGUCUGCCUGUCCGACCGACCCACUGCCUCUGUCAGCUGCCCGCCGGAGCCGCAAUCUCUGCCCGCCGGAACCGAACUGCUCUGCGCUCUCUCCACCCGCCUUUCAGCAUGAAAGCCUUCAGCCCGGUGCGGUCCGUCAGGAAAAACGGUCUCUCGGAGCACAACCUGGGCAUCUCGCGGAGCAAGACUCCCGUGGAUGACCCCAUGAGCCUGCUGUACAACAUGAAUGACUGCUACUCCAAGCUGAAGGAGCUCGUGCCCAGCAUCCCGCAGAACAAGAAAGUGAGCAAGAUGGAAAUCCUGCAGCACGUUAUCGACUACAUCCUGGACCUGCAGAUCGCCCUGGACUCGCACCCCAGCAUCGUUAGCCUGCACCACCAGAGACCUGGCCAAAACCCUUCCUCCCGAACUCCUCUGACCACCCUAAACACAGACAUCAGCAUUCUCUCGCUACAGGCGUCCGAGUUCCCCUCAGAGCUCAUGUCGAGCGACAGCAAAGCACUUUGUGGCUGAAGCAAACGGUGUUCCACUGAUGAGAUUUUUUUUUUUUUUUUUUUUUGCACAAGAAAAUGUCUACAGGAUCUUUUUUUUUCUUGAGGUGCUGAAUUUAUUUUUCAGCUGUAUCUGGAGGGGAAAAUCCACAUUCAACUAAAAGGACCUUUUAAAGUUAAUGAAGAAGGAAAAAAAAAAAAUCAAGAUUGAUCUUUAUCCCCACCCCAUUCUUCAACUUGGACUGAACCUAGUUAUUUAUGAAGAGACUCUUAAAUACCCUUUCCCUAGUUGGAAGGCUUCCUUUAUAUACUAUUCCCAACGUGGGGAGCGAAACAAAAAUCUCACAAGGAGUUGCCCAUUUUAAAGCAGACUUUGCCUUUUUUUCCAAAGGUGGAGCGUGAGUACCAGAAGGAUCCAGUGUUCAGUUUUUUUAGGGAAGUCUGUGGUCAGAAAUUACCUUUUUGACACAAACCUAGGACUGAAUGCUGUGUAUAUAUUUAUAUAUAAAUAUAUAUAUAUGAGUGAAACCUUGUGAACUCUUUAAUUAGAGUUUUCUUGUAUAGUGGCAGAAAUACACAUUUCUGCAAAAAGUGUAAUGAUGUACUUAAUCAUGCUAAACUUUUUAUAAAAGUUUAGUUGUAAACUUAACCCUUUUUAUACAAAAUAAAUCAAGUGUGUUUAUUGAACUGAUUGCUUGCUUUAUUCUUUGGGGACCAACUGCUUGCUUGCUUUGAUUUGUGUUGUGGUUUUGAUUAAUUUUUUUUUUUUCAAAUACUUAUACAUUCUGUUAUGACUUUACUGAGUAAAAAUUCAAAUAUGUAGAGAAUAUAAAGAAUAAAAUUACCUGAAGUGAA